CAAAGGAGGAGCUUUAUAGAGAAUGUCAUUGGCUGCUGAUUUAUCCUGUCCUAUGAUCACAUCUUUUUUUUAAUUACUUUGGGUAGCUAAGAUUCACAUAGGUUGUCUGAUCGUUUUUUUCUUCCUCAAGCUGUAGUCUUGUGGCUUCACAAGAGCCUCCGUGCGAUGACAAAAGAAUUGUGUGUUAUUCAGUCUGCGAGGAAUUUUGUCAAGAGUUACCAUCAACCACACAACAUAGAUUAGUCUUUCAUGCCUGGUUGAUGGUUACGCUACAUUGUGAAGUACAGACAUGAGCCUGUACGCACGUCGAGUGACAUUGCCUGCCAUAACUCCUCUUGAACUGCAGAAACGGGUAAUUAAAGUGUUUAAUGAGGAUGACAGCAGCAGAGCUUUGGAGGUUCCGAGUGACAUCACGGCCUGGGACGUUUGCCAGUUGUUCAUACUGAAAAAUCAUUGCGUUAAUGACAAUAGCUGGACUCUCAUUGAGCAUCUCCCUCACAUCGGCUUAGAAAGGAUCGUAGAAGAUCACGAAUCAGUAAUUCAGGUGCAGUCGACUUGGGGAAUGGACACGGACAGCAGAAUAUACUUUAGGAAAAACUACGCCAAAUAUGAAUUCUUUAAAAACCCAUCACAGUUUUUUCCAGAACAUAUGGUUUCCAGUUCCAGUGAAGCAAAUGGAAGUCUAAGUCAUUCCCAACUCAUUCAGAAUUUUCUUAAUUCAAGCACGUGCCCUGAGAUCCACAGCUACCUCCACAUUAGGGAGCAGGGAAAGAAGACGUGGAAGAGAUAUUACUUUAUCUUGAGAAGGUCUGGGUUGUAUUUCUCUACUAAAGGAACAUCUAAGGAACCAAGACAUUUACAGUUUGUGGCUGAAUUCAGUGAAAGCAAUGUUUACACACUGGUAUCCAGCAAGAAGAUGUAUGGAGCACCGACUAUUUAUGGAUUCUGUAUCAAGCCUCACAAACUGGAAGGUACCAGAGACUUGAAGUUGCUUUGUGCAGAUGAUGAACAGAGUAGAAUCUGCUGGAUGACAGUGAUUCGUAUUUUUAAGUCUGGGAUACAACUGUAUGAAAACUCCAAACCACCACAGCAACGGAGAAAUAGCCUAACAUCGCUGAACACACCACUCAACACAUCGCCAAUGAGGAGCAACUCAGAGAAUUCCCUGGUGGCUAUGGAUUUCUCUGGGCACAAGGGCAGGGUCAUUGAAAACCCUGCAGAAGCACUUACGGUGGCUGUUGAGGAAGGAAUGACAUGGAGGAGGAAAAGCUGUCAUCGUAUGAAUGCCUAUGGAAGUCCCAACCUGCUGCAGAAUCCUACUCCAUUUCCAGCUAUUCACAGGAUCCAGUCUUGGUUUCAUCACCGAAUCUCCCGAGACGAAGCACAAAAGUUAAUAGAGCAACAAGGCCUCGUUGAUGGGAUAUUCUUACUGAGGGACAGUCAAAGUAAUCCUAAAACAUUUGUCUUGUCACUGGGCCACAGUCAGAGAAUAAGGCAUUUUCAGAUUGUUCCGCUGGAAGAAGAUGGAGACUUGUAUUAUUCCCUGGAUGAGGGUCAGACCAGAUUUACUAAUCUUAUCCAACUUGUGGAGUUUCACCAACUCAACAAAGGAGUGCUCCCCUGCAAGCUGAAACACCACUGUGCUCGAAUUACACUUUAAUCUCGGACACCAUCAGUCCAUCUGGAGUUUGUGAAUAAUGAAAGCAAAGUGGGGCUUCCACACAAACACACCGUGACUGUGAAAGAGUAUUUGUGGUGACCGAGCGAACAUUGUUGUCACUGAAGUUGGGACGGUCGAAUUGAUCGAAGUCAGAACUUGUUUUGCUGAUGUUGUCUAUUCCAAUUCAAAUGUGUGGAAUGAAUCAGUGUUGAAUUAUUGCUCCUCUCAAUGCCAGCAUUACAAGGACAAAAUAAAUGUGGAAUUUGUAAAAAGAAAACAACUACAAUGCUCAAGGAAAAAAUUUUGAUCAACAGAUCAACAGAAUUAUUUUUAGGCCAACAAUUGGCCAUUCAUCGCAAUGUAAUCACAUGCUAGGACUAACUGAAACACAUCAAUUGGCCAGAGAUUUUAUUUUUCAAAAAGUUGAACUUAACACUGACGCCAGUUGCAAUGGAAAAUCUGCUUUGGAAAUAUUUGAAAUGAAAAAAAAGAGAGGAAUUGUGCAGAUUCACAAACUGCAUUCACCAUCGCUCUCUCAAAUAGAGGAUAAAACCUGCAGAAUUGUGACUAUUGUAUUGUAAGUGGAGAUGGACUGUAUGUCUGAAGACACACGACUGCAAUUUGUAAAAAGAUUCGACUUAAUUUUGCACAAUGAAUUUUAAAUGUCGGAAUUUUCCAAAUGUUUUGGAUCGAAUAGUUUCUAAGAUUUAUUUUAAGUACGCUCGAAAAUAACAUUAAUUAUCACUUAAAAUAAGUUGAUGGUCCAAUAUUGUUGUUCUUAGUAAAGAAUAUAUCAAAAUAUGAAUUGCACUGUAAUAGUGACACUGGCAUUUUUCACUGCUACCAAAUCAUUACAAUAUUUUCCACUUAUCAAACUUGCAUUCUAUGCUUUAUGGUUGGUUGUUGUAAUACAUUUUGUUAUAUUAAAAAAACAGUGACCGAACAAUACAGACUUUUUUUUCAAUGUAAUCUUUAAAUCCUUGCCAUCAGUAAUGUUGGAUUGAGAAUUGGCUUCACUGGCUUUUGAAAUUAAGAUAACAACAUGUUUUGAAAGUGAAGCAGUCGGUAUAUUCAGCUUUCACAAUGAGUAUUGAAAAGAUUUGCUGUAAACCCAAAUAUUUUCAUGUAUUAAAACAUUUUGUGUUUCAUUCA